AUGUCAAACACCAAGAAAGUGCGACAGCCAGUGCCUUUUAGGCCGAAUAAGAUAUCGACUCCAGAGGCAGCUGCAGCGGUGGAUCGAGACCCGCCUUUGCAGAUACUCCUGAAGGCCGUACAGAAGAAUGGAAUUCCUGAAGCCACAGAAAGCAAAUCGGUUGUGUAUUGGAUGAGGAUGGGCGAUCUUAGGGUUGCGGAUAACAGAGCCUUAUCUCUGGCAUCACUUCGCGCACAUAAAUUGGGCGUGCCCCUUCUGGUCCUGUUCAUCCUCAGUCCUCAAGAUUACAUCGCUCAUGACCGAAGUAAGAGGCGGAUUGACUUCACGCUCCGUAAUCUGGAGAAAAUGCAGCGAUCUUUAGCCGAACUCCACAUCCCUCUCGACGUCUGGACGCAUCCACUUCGACGUACAUUGUCGUCGGCGGUCAUAUCCUACUUGAAGAGAAUGGGAGCCACAUUCUUGUUUGCCAACAUUGAGUAUGAAGUCGACGAGCUACGAAGGGACAUAUCCAUUUGCAAUCUUUCGAGAGCCGAUGGCAUACAAGCCACGUUUGUCCACGACAAGUGCGUAAUUGAGCCUGGAGUGCUUGCUACCAAACAAGGCAAAGUUUAUACAGUCUAUAGUCCCUUUCGACGAAGUUGGGAGCAAGAGUUGAAUGCAAAUCCUCACUAUUGGAAGAAAGCGGCGGAGCUCCAACCAAAUGCAAAAUCGAUUUAUGAAUCAGAGCUAUACGGUCCACUCUUUAACACUCCGGUCCCAUCCAGCUUGGAGGGCUUCGAGCUCUCCGAGAAAGAGAAAGAAAACAUGGCCAAUUUCUUCCCUGCUGGAGAAGACGCGGCAGUCCAGGUCUUACAACGUUUCCUGACGACCAAGGCCCGUGCAUCGCAAUUAGGGGCAGUGAGUCCUUUGGCUCCCGACGCGAAAGAAAACUCAAAGGAAAGUCGUGUAACAAAUUACGCAACCGAUCGCAGUCGUGUGGAUAAAGAUACAUCGAGCCGCCUGAGCCCAUACCUCGCUGCAGGGGUGAUAUCUGUUCGGGAGUGCAUUCGUGCCACCAUGGAAUUGAAGAAAGGCUUUAACAAGGCCAAGGUAGAAGUUAGUAAAGACUCGGGUGUAGGGGUGUGGGUACAGGAAAUCGCCUGGCGAGACUUCUAUGUUCAUGUCCUUGCGGCCUGUCCAAGGGUUAGCAUGGGUCGACCUUUCUUGGAGAAGUAUGCCGAUGUUGUAUGGGAGGAUUAUCAAGAGGAACCAGAGAGAAGGGAGAAGGAAGCCAUAAAGGCGCAAGAAGGGCAGGCGGGGAAUCCAGGGGAAUCUGUGCGGCGAUGGAAGGAGGGGAUGACGGGAUACCCCAUCGUCGACGCUGGCAUGCGAUGCAUUAACGAGAUGGGUUGGGUCCACAAUCGCCUGAGGAUGAUCGUGGCAAUGUUCUUGACCAAGGACUUAAUGAUUGAUUGGAGAGUCGGUGAAAGAUACUUCAUGGAGAACUUGAUAGACGGAGAUCUGGCCGCCAACAAUGGAGGCUGGCAGUGGUCGGCUAGUACUGGGACGGACGCUGCCCCCUACUUCAGGAUAUUCAAUCCGUACUCACAGAGCGAGAAAGUCGAUCCGGCUGGGGACUUCAUUCGUCGCUUCGUCCCCGAGCUUGCUUCGCUCAAAGGCAAAGAUAUCCACAAACCACCUCCACAUAUCGCCGAUAAGCUAGGCUACCCACGGCCUAUUAUUCAGCAUGAAGAGGCUAGGACCAGGGCGCUGAGGCGGUUCAAGAAUCCUGGAGAAUCGUAG